AUGUUCUCCGACUCCUCAAGUCCGGAACAGCCCCAGCAGCUACCACAACAAACACCGAUUCCUUAUUCAGAAUGCACACAAUUUUGGAGUCCACCAGCACCUUUAAAUCCUUCUACUUCCUCUGCCUCCUCUACGAAUGCCCCCACGUGGAGCCAGGAUUGGAACGGCUCUCAAAUUGGAGGACAGGCGUGGACAUCCUAUGGAUCCCUAGAGCCUGUUCAACCACCAAAUAAUCUCGCAUCCAACAGUGCUUCCAACCAUUCAAAACCACCGUAUUCCUACAUCUCUCUCAUUACCAUGGCCAUUCAGUACUCACGCAGUCGUAUGUGCACGUUGUCGGAAAUUUAUGAUUUUAUUACAAACCUCUUUCCUUACUACCGACACAAUAAACAGCGUUGGCAAAAUUCAAUUCGCCAUUCUCUUUCCUUUAAUGACUGUUUUGUCAAAGUGGCCCGUGGUCCUGAUCGUCCUGGAAAGGGCUCCUUUUGGACUCUUCAUCCAGACUCUGGUAAUAUGUUCGACAACGGUUGUCAUCUCCGUCGACAGAAGAGGUUUAGAGAUCCAGCACGUGAAGCGGCUCGGAUGGAGCGCAAAAAAAAGUCAAAGGGUCCAACAACACAGGCAAUGCUGAAAGAGCAAAAGAAACCGACUGAUGAAGGGGAGGAGGCGGUGGGUGUCAACUUGGAGUCGGAGGAAGGAGAUUUGCCACCCCAGCCCAUAGAAUGGCGAGGCGAGGAGGAGUUGGAGGGAUGGACACCAGAAGGAUGGUAAGGAUGGUGUUAUUUUGAAUCCCCCCCACCACCACCCCCACCGCCACCGCCGCCGCCACCACCUCCUCCCCUUCCCCCUCCACCAUUGCCACCGCCACUUCUACAGCCACCAUCUCGUCAUGCAAUGCCACAUCUGACAACCUCUCAGACUUGGUGGACCCCAACGAUGUCUUUCGACGCUUCCACCAACACCACCACAACUUCGCCGCCUACACCGCUGUCAAUCUUGCCAUCUGAGUACUAUUCCUAG